AUGCCUGCUGCUGCUGCUGCUGUUGCUGCUGCUGGUCGCCGCCGCCGUGGCGACCCUCGUCUUAUUAUGCCGGGCCUUGCCGAAUGUUUAGCUGCUUCUGCAGUUGCUAAUAUACAGGUGGACGCUCUAUACAACGAAAUCCGUACUGAUCUUGGGGAUUUCUUGAAAUCGCGUGACCUCCAGUCUCGUAACACGAGAUAUUUGUCGCGGCGCAAGCAUCCAGCCAAAACCGGACCCCAAAACUUGUUACAUUUCCGAGGCCUAAAGCCUGGUGAUGGAGCUGGAAGCGGGGAUGAAGAGGUCAGUGUGGAUGUGAUUAACGUCGUUACGAAUUCAGCGAUUUAGAUUUUGAAAUAAUGUCAAGUGUAAUCCCAGUGUUUGUUUUUUAUUGUUGGUUUGACUCGC